GGUGCUUGAUAGAGGCAGAGCGCCCAGCUAUCGACACAGUGCGUGUGCCCAAGAUACAAUAGUGUACCACGCAUUACUAAGAUACGCCUCAGAGUACAUUGCCGAUGCCAUAAUUGUUCAACUAGUGCUCAAGCACCAUCCGAACGAAGUGAAGUCGAAGGAGAAGUGAAGUUUUAUUCUUUCAGGGUAACCAAUUGAGCAGGAAAACAGUAAUCAAAUUUUAAUAACAGACUAAUAUCGUUAACUAGCAGUUGUGUUUUCAGCCUGUGCGGUGUGUUGAAACCACUUUACGCGGUGCUCUAAUUUUACAUGGUGGUAACGCAGGGUACAACAAUAUCAUUUACCACCUUACAGUAACAGGUUUUGUACAGGAACGGCUGCAGUCCAAGUGGUUCAAGCAAGCAUCGUCAACGCCGGCUUCAGCUAUAAAAAUGUCGUGAACUGAAUACGCUGGAAGCCCUCGGAGUUGAUUUCGAAAUUAUUCAGUGUUUGUGUAACUCACACAACGGCAGCGGUUCCACAAGACAAGGAUAAGCCGUUGAAGCGAACAGCGACGAUUCACGACGAAAAGCAGUCGCGAAUUUCCGUUCGGUAAAAUACAGAAUGCUUCCUAUCUCACUUCAAAAUAUUGCGUACGUUUCGGCACUUCGCCGUGCCCUUAUCCAAGCCGCAUGGACGGAACAACAGCGUCUACUAGCUAUGGCGAUGGCCAAUCCUGAACGAGGCAAUCUAGCUGACGAGGAUAAGAUGGAGUCGACGGACGAUAAACCGAAAAAGUCGAGCUUCUCAGUGAAGGACAUUCUCGACCUGCCGACGGAAGCCGCUCAGAAAAAAGAGGACAGCUUGGUAGAGGCGGCUGAGGACGAGGAAAGAGAUGUUGUCGAUGUGGAAGAACAGGUAACUAAACAAGUGGUGGUGGUGGACAAAGAGCGAAGUCCCAUCAGUGGCCACACGUCUCCUGCGCCCCCAGAUAGCCAAGAUCAACAGGACACGUCACCUAGCAACAGGACACCGCAGCCAACAUUCAAUGGGAUGCCUGCAGAAUUUUCGCACCCGCUUGAACUGCGAAGGUUUGAUAUCCCCUUUGGUCGAUUCCGGGCAGGUCCUUUUGAGGUAGACAAACACUUUAUGAUGGGCGCACUCAACGAGAGAAGAAGUUCGCCUACGUCGGAAGAACAAGGUGACGACAAAUUGAUCGAGGUAGAAGAUAACGAUUCGAACGAUGAGGAGAGCGACCACUCAUCUGCUAACAACGACCCCAAUAAUAAAUUCGGACUGAAUUUCGAUCACCAGAUGCCGAGUGGCGCGCAGAAGAAGCGCAAGCGACGCGUGCUCUUCUCCAAGGCUCAGACGUAUGAGUUAGAGCGGCGUUUCAAACAGCAACGCUACCUCUCCGCGCCCGAACGAGAACACCUCGCUUCGAUGAUCAGGCUCACCCCGACGCAAGUCAAGAUAUGGUUUCAGAACCAUCGGUACAAGACCCGUCGGGCCCGCCAGGAAGGUGGAUAUGAGGCGUCCGCUGGUGCUGUCGGUAUAGGCGGCAUGGGCGCAGCCAUGAUGAGUUCGCCAUCUUCGUCUCAAGGUAGCAAUCCUCUUCCGUCACCAAGACGGGUAGCGGUUCCGGUUCUGGUUCGAGACGGCCAACGCUGUCCCGAGGGCGUCGACAUGGGCGCCUAUUUAAACGCAGCUGCCCAUUAUCCAGCCGGCUUGCCGCCUCCAGACGCCCGCUGGUGGUCAUAGGCGGACUUGAGAUGGCCGGAGCGCGCGGAAAGUGCAGAAGCACCGUUGAAAGAACAGAUAGAGAGAAGCAACUUUGAGCAUGAAACAAAAUGACUGAAUUCAAUAUCAAAUCAUCGUAGAACGAUAGGAAGCGUUAUUUAUGAUCAUGGCGCAGUCUAAAACGGAGCUCACAAUUCUUUCGGGCUUCUUCUGCUACGCGGAAAAUCUGUUGCUCCAUCCGUGCAAACUUACUUAUGUGCCCAUCAAUCAUCCAAUCCACCAACUAAUUAAUGGAUCCCAGCGACGGAACAUCAUUUGAGUCCCAACAUGCGUUCAGACAAAACCUUCUGUCUCGAGCACCCAAACUUAUAUCUAGUCAAGAGGGCCUAGCUUAUCGUUACGUGCGCCAAACGUAAAAGGUCCGCGAAGCUUCCUGAACCCCAGCAGCAAUGUGUUGCAGACAAUGAUUUGCUGCUGGCAUAGCGUCCGAGCUAGUUCCAUCAGAUCGCACCUUUACCGAAACUACGAGAAAUCUCGCGAUAGUGCCGACUUGCCACUGCAGAAGCCAGUGUACCUUUGUUUUUGUUGUCCACUGGACAGACAUGUCUUACGAACCCUGUGAAACAAAUCCGAAGACUGAGUUUUCUUCAUUGAACAGAAAAUAGAUUGCAUCAGUCAACCUGCCUCGAUGUAACAGCUUGUGGAACGUUGCUCGUCGAUAAGGGUAUCCUCAUUCGACGGACCAUCGUAGCAUCGAAGUUGAUCCUUCAUGGUGGUUCUAAUAUGCGAUAAUAAGACGCUUUUCGUCAUGGGUUCGUUACUUGUCAGUUGUGUUUGCUUGUUUCUGAUGAUGUUCUUCAAUGGGAAAAAUAUAACAAAAAAACAGAGCAGGAGAGACAAAGAAGACAAAAGAAAAUGAUAAGGAAACAGCGAACAAUAAUAAUAACAACAACAACAAAACAGUAUGUAAAUAGUUGUGUACAUUUCUUGCAAUUCGCGACACCGCGAAGCACUUCAGAAGCAUCACGAGGUAUCCUUCUGAGGAGCUAAAACUUAGAAGCAGGAUGGUUAGAGGAGGAAAGAAGAAGCGACUGAAGAGUCUGUAGGUUAGUACUACUACUGGUAGAAAGGGUUGUAUAUAGUCGCGUG